UUUUUUAUUUAGGCCAUCAUAUCAAAGACAGGAUUUCAGUAAGCAUGGAGGCACUUCAGCACUGGAGACCUUGGUGUUCAGAUGCUGAUCAUUCCAUAGUUUAGUCCAUAGAAGUGUGAGUAACAGGGAAUUCCUCGACAGAUUUUCCCCUCAUAUAUUCUCUGACAAAACCUGAAUGUUUUCCAGAAUGUCAAUACAAAACUUGGUGUCCUCAGCAUCCACAAGUUUCAUAAAAUGUGUGGCAAACUGCCUUUGGUCUGUCACAUUUAGAGUCUCGCUCGGGCUUGCUGACAGCUACAUGGAAGCUGACAACUUCAGAGCAGUUUGCUUGGAGAAGAAUCCUGGUAAAAUGAGUGGGAAAUGGAGUCAGGGCAAAAGUCCAGCCUGAUUUCCAAAGGCAGUCCCAGUGAUUUGAAGGCUGAGGUGUCUCAAAGCAGGACAUGCACAGCUGCUCUUGCCCAGGCUGGUUUUGAGGAGGUUUUGAAUUCCCUGCAGAAAAGCGGGAGAUCUGGUGGCCUCACAGCACUUCAGGGUGUCCUCUCACAAUUCUCCAUCAUCCACCAUCACCCCGUGCUGUGGAGACCGAAGGGCAAAGAAGGGGUUUCCUCCAAGCUGCUGUGGUGGAACACAGUGCUCCUGGUUAUUUGGGGGAACAUGUUGUGGUGACAACAACACCUCCUGCCUCACCGGCUUGUCACCUCAGAGCAUAGCAGACACACCUUGGACAAGCUGGCCAAACUCCCCGGGAGGACAUGGGCACAGCUGGCUGCGAAAGGCCUGCUCUGCCUCACACAGCUCCUGCCUGAGGCACCGGAUGUGAGGGCACUGUGGCAUGGGGAGCCCUCUGUGAGCCCGAGCGAGGUGCUGGCAGUGCCGCUGCCGUGAGGGGCUGGAGCAGGUGACGCAGCGUCACCAUGGACGAGAACAGGUGGUUUUGGAAUCUCAUUCAGAAUGAUUUCAGGACUGGGAAUAUUGAUUUCGAGGGUUGCAUGAGGCUGUUUGAAAAAAUGAACAUAAGUUUUGAUGAAGAUCAUUUUAAACAUAUUUUCAAGAAAACCCUUGACAAACACACAGAAGAUGUAAUUAGCAUGGAUGAUUUCAGAGCAAUUUAUCGAGCUCUUGUACACAGACCUGAAUAUGAAGAUCUAUUCAAGUCCUACUCAACAGAUGGCAAAAUUCUACCUGAUGGCCAGCUCCUGAAAUUCCUUGUAAAAGAGCAAUUUCAAACUGAAGCUGAUGAAACAACUGCCUUAGAAAUUAUUAUGAAGCAUGAACCCAUUGAUGAAGUGAGAAGGAAAAGGCAGAUGUCAUUUGAAGGAUUUGUAAGGUACAUGAACUCAGAAGAAUGUUCAAUAUUUAAAAUCCAGCACAAGGCAGUCUAUCAAGAUAUGACCCAGCCAUUAUGUGACUAUUAUAUUUCAUCUUCUCACAACACCUACUUGAUAGCUGACCAACUCAAGGGACCCAGUCAUUUAUGGGGAUAUAUCAGUGCUCUCUUAAAAGGAUGUCGUUGCCUGGAGAUUGACUGCUGGGAUGGCAACAACAAUGAACCUAUUGUGUAUCAUGGUCACACUUUAACAAGCAGAAUUCCAUUUCGUUCUGUAAUUCAUGUGAUUGAGAAGUAUGCAUUUAUGUCAUCUGCCUAUCCACUUGUACUGUCUUUGGAGAACCACUGCAGCCCUAAGCAGCAGGAAGCAAUGGCAGACUGCCUGAAAAGUGUUCUAGGUGAAAAACUUCUUUCUUUACCACUUGGUGGUGAUGUAAAUAUGAGUCGACUGCCUUCUCCUGAGGCAUUAAAAUUCAAAGUUCUGAUAAAAAAUAAGAAAGUUGGAACGAUUGAGGAGAGCCUGAUGAGGGUGGACGAUGACUACCACGGCGAGGUGGAGGAGAUCUCAGACUCCGACGCCCAGUCUGACGACGACAGCGACGACACGAUCCCUGCUCGGGGAUCCAGGACCUCCUUCAAGAGGAAGGGAGGGGAUCCUCAGACCUCCAUCCCACCUCAUAAAAGAACAAAGAUGAAGAAGGUGAAGAUUGCCCUUGCAUUGUCAGACCUUGUGAUUUAUACCAAAUCACAAACGUUUGUGAGCUUUGACCAUUCUCUGCAGCAUCAGCAAUGCUAUGAAAAUAAUUCAAUUGGAGAGGCUGUAGCACGAAAACUUGCAAGAACUUCAGUUAAAGAGUUUAUUUCACACACUACAAGAUUUAUUACAAGGAUUUACCCCAAGGGAUCAAGAAUGAGCUCUUCAAAUUAUAAUCCUCAUGAUUUCUGGAAUAUAGGGUGUCAAAUGGUGGCCUUAAACUUCCAGACACGGGGAUUACCAAUGGAACUGCAGGAUGGAAAAUUCCUGGACAAUGGUGCUUGUGGCUAUGUGCUGAAACCUGAAUUCCUGAGGGAUUGCAAUACCUCAUUUACACCCCGAAAUGUGGGAGGAUACAGCAAACCAAUGUCUCUGUCAAUAAAGCUGAUCAGUGGCCAUCAGUUACCACCCAGCAGUUUGUCAAAGACCAACAAAGCUGACCCCAUGGUGCAGAUAGAAAUCUAUGGUGUGCCAGAGGAUCAAACAAGAAAGAAAUCCAGUGUUGUAAGAAGCAAUGCUUUGUGCCCUAAAUGGAAUGAAACAUUCAAUUUUACCAUCCAAGUUCCAGAGCUGGCAAUGAUACGCUUCUGUGUGGAGGAUGAGAUCUCUCUGGUUAACAAGGAAUUCCUGGGCCAGUACACCUUACCUGUGAUGUGCCUGAAUACAGGUUACCGGAACGUUCCCCUCUCAUCCAAAGAUGGUGCCAGGAUGGAGCCUGCAUCACUCUUUGUUCAUGUCUGGUACUAUUAGUGAUGUUCUGCAGAAGGAAUUGUCCUGGGGGAUUGUCCCCUGCUUCAAUAAAGUAACAUUUCUGGCUCUGUAACAGCCCCACGGCCUGAUUGCCAGAGUGGCACAUUCUCAAUGAUUUAUGGAGCCAGAGGGACUUUGAUGGAAGGGGUAUGCUGAAUAAAGACUGCUGUCCUUGGCCCUGC